AAAGAGCAGCAAGCAGGAGAGGGAAAGGGACAAGGAAAGACGAAGGGGGGAAGUGUCUGAGAAGUGAGAAAGAGGUUUUGCGAGCUUUGACCCUUCUCUCCAUAUUCAUCCAUGGUGGCUCACGCGCUUUAUUAUUCCUCCUCUCGCCUUCUUCCUCCCUACUCCGAAUUGCCUUGACAUUUAUUUAUAUUUCUUCCUCAGCGUUUUCUCUCACCAAACCCACGAAGAUCUCGAAAUCCCAAACCCCAAUUGGAAAUUUCAGGUCGGAGCCAGUCCUUCCCACAAGGGCACCUCGAAAAAUCCGAUCUUGAUCUCGAUCUGGGGGCUGGAGCAGAGGAAUUCCUGGUUUUGAGGCCGUUUGGAUCUCGCGGGUUUGUCCUAUCAGUCCGAGGAGUAGCUGUGGACGGGAGGUUUUGAUUCAUGGGGAAUUGCUGCGUGACCCCACAGACGGCCGAUGAUGCCCCCAAGAAGGGCAAGAAGCAGAACCCUUUCGCUGUGGACUACGGCGUGAAUUACAACGUCAAUGGAGGGCACAAGCUCACGGUGCUCAAGGAACCGACGGGGCGGGAGAUCGAGCAGCGGUACGAGCUUGGCCGGGAGCUCGGGAGGGGCGAGUUCGGGAUAACGUACCUGUGCACGAACAAGGAGACCCGAGAGGAGCUUGCAUGCAAGUCAAUACUGAAGAAGAAGCUGCGGACAGCUGUGGAUAUUGAGGAUGUGAGGAGGGAAGUGGAGAUCAUGAAGCACUUGCCCAAGCACCCCAAUAUUGUUAGCUUGAAGGACACUUAUGAGGAUGAUAAUGCUGUGCAUUUGGUCAUGGAGCUCUGCGAGGGAGGCGAGCUCUUCGAUCGGAUCGUAGCCAGAGGCCACUACACGGAACGGGCUGCUGCUGCGGUUAUAAAGACCAUCGUCGAAGUCAUUCAGGUGUGCCACAAGCACGGUGUUAUGCAUCGGGAUCUCAAGCCUGAGAACUUCUUGUUUGCAAACAAGAAGGAGACGGCUCCCCUUAAGGCUAUUGACUUUGGGUUGUCAAUGUUCUUUAAACCUGGUGAAAAAUUUACUGAGAUAGUCGGUAGUCCUUACUACAUGGCUCCUGAGGUGCUUAAGAGGAAUUAUGGACCAGAAGUAGAUGUCUGGAGCGCUGGGGUCGUCCUUUACAUAUUGCUUUGUGGUGUCCCACCUUUUUGGGCAGAAACCGAGCAAGGAAUUGCCCAAGCUAUCAUCAGGUCUGUUGUUGAUUUUAAGAGGGACCCUUGGCCCAAAGUUUCAGAUAAUGCGAAAGACCUUGUGAAGAAGAUGCUUGACCCGGAUCCCAAGAGACGCCUCACAGCUCAGGAAGUGCUAGAUCACCCCUGGGUUCAGAAUGCUAAGAAGGCUCCUAAUGUUUCCUUGGGUGAAACCGUCAGGGCAAGACUGAAGCAGUUCUCUGUUAUGAACAAGCUUAAGAAGAGAGCCCUUAAGGUAAUCGCGGAGCAUUUAUCUGUUGAAGAAGUCGCCGGCAUUAAAGAAGGAUUCCAUCUGAUGGACACGAACAAAAAGGGCAAAAUAAACAUCGAUGAGCUACGAGUUGGUCUCCACAAGCUCGGACAUCAGAUCCCUGAUGCGGAUCUUCAGAUUCUGAUGGAAGCUGGUGACGUUGACAAAGAUGGACAUCUCGACUAUGCAGAGUUUGUAGCUAUCUCUGUACACCUGAGAAAGAUGGGCAACGAUGAACAUCUAAAGAAGGCCUUUGCAUUCUUCGAUCAAAAUCAGAGUGGGUUCAUAGAGAUUGAAGAGCUGAGGAACGCAUUAGCCAAUGAAGUUGACGUGAAUGAAGAAGUUAUCAGCGCCAUCAUGCACGAUGUAGAUACUGACAAGGAUGGGCGAAUAAGUUACGAGGAGUUCGUCACGAUGAUGAAGGCGGGCACAGACUGGAGGAAAGCAUCAAGACAGUACUCGAGGGAGCGGUUCAACAAUCUCAGCCUCUCGUUAAUGAGAGACGGCUCAUUGCAGCUGAGCAACAACGAAGUCCGGUGAUCCAACUGGGGAUAAGAAAAUCUUUAGGCGAACAGAACAGUAAUAUAUUCUUUGGCUAUCUGGAAAAAUUUUCUUCUUCAGGUUCUUCACUAAUUUUUUUGUUUCUUUAUUUGCCUCUUCCGGGGACCCUUCUAUGGACAAGACUAGGGUUCGGGUCCCGGAAUUGAAUUUGUACUUUGGAGAUGGUUUCUUCUUUGCUGUUGUCUAUGUUAUUAAAAAGGAAAAGAGGAGAGAAGGGCUGUGAGGGUUGGAGAGGCCAAGUGUGGUUGUAAAUAUUUGUUCAUGUUUAAGGAGAAGAAAAAGAUUUGGGGAUUAUUUUGCAAUUCAAAA